AUGUCGACGGAUCUUAGCCAAUCAGAUCCAGACACAGAAGCCAAUCAAAGUGCUGAAAUUGUUCAGACUGACCUGCAAGACGGAGAGAGCGUCCGCAGUGCAGCACACUCUGAAGACGGCACGUCGUCUGUGGGAGCCGGGGGUCACUCAUCACACAACACUGACGUCCAGCGGGACUCGAGGUCAACAGGGCGACGAACUCCUGGAACAGGUGAGGACCACGCAGGGUGCGUGUCCCCCACAGACAGAGAUGGUGCUGCUGGAGGUCAACACAGGCAGCCUACGGGUGGGUCAUCUGGGGGGACGGCACCGAGUGUGGCUACAGAGGAAGAGGACGAAGGACCGGAGGAGGAGGAGGAGGGCUUGAGGGAGCGGCAGACAGGGCAGAGGGAUGCUCCGCUGGAGGAGGAGAAUCAAGGAGUGAGGCAUGGCUGGGUCACGAAAGGACUGACAGGAAAGCCUCAGACGCACGCUUCAGACGCGCCCACCCUCUGCUACAUCACGGCCCCUCUGGGGGUGACGAAGGUCAUGACCUGUGACCUGGUGAACGGCCUGAGUUCACUGAUGGUGUCAGAUCUGGAGGAGCUAGUGAGUAGCGUCCUCAGGCUGAAGCUGCCCGACAACACCAAGUGCUCUUUUCCCAUCACCGUGGCGAUUCCAUUCCGAUCCUGCUACCGCGGCAACUACCGCGACAUCAUAGUGAAGUUUGUCGACCAGGCAUCAAGGGUCAGCUACGUGAACCCUGUGUCCGUGGAGGGCAACUACGAUGGACAGAAGGGUUCAUAUGCAGAGGUGCGCGUGUACACCCUGGGGGUGUUUGCAGUGGUGUCCUGCUUAAGGAAGGAGAGCUACACUAUCCCUAAGAGAGGUCUCUCCCUAAAGCUGAGCAUAGACCCCAGAAUCUGCCUGGACUACCUCCCAGGAUCCUUCGCGUCUCCAGUGAUGGCUCAAGCUGUGGUCCAGCCGGUGGACCCCAGCCUGCUGUCUGCUUUGAAGUCCAACAAGGACGCGUACCAGGCCGUCCUGUCCGCCAGCCCUCUCCUCUACCUCAGCCGCCCCAGCAGCCAGCCCCCCCGCCGGCCCCUGGUCCUCACGCUGCCCUGCCCCCCCAACCCUGAGAGGCGACGGCCAGGGGAGGACGGAGAGUCCGGUCCACCGCGGCCGACCAGCGCUGUUUACAUCCAGGACUCUCCGCUCCAGCAGAGAAUGCGGGCUGUGAGUGCUUCAGUAAAAACAUCCAGAGAGUUUGCCAAGGAACAGUUGAUUCUGUUGGGCUGGAAGGAGGAACAGUGGAACGUUCUAGAUGAUGUCUCCAUCAGGAACCUGCAGAACGGCCUGGUUUCCUUUGAACUGAUGGAGCACUUUGAGAGGCUAAUAGUGUUGCGUCUGCAGUUCCCCACUAGAUCCUCCAAUCUGUGUGCCAUGGUGGAGGAGAUUGAGGACAGUGUGCGCCGCGUCAUGGUAACCAUUGUUCUCCGGCGUCAGAGGCAGGACCCCCACAGCGUGGUGGUGGCAGCCCUGCCCAGCAGAGACCUGAGCUGGGAGCUGGCCAAACUCCAGGGCCAGGCCUACUGCGGCCCGCCCGAUCCCUCCGGGGAGAUCGCCAUGAGCGAGGGAGACCAGCUGCUGCUGAGCUUCAACGGGAACAUCACAGCUGAUCAAGGAUCAAAGUCUCCAAAGACCAUCACCUUCCACAACCAACGGAAGAGCUUUGAAUAUCUGAAACUGACCGUGGUGGACCCAUUUGGGAAUUACAGCUCUCCACACUACAAAGGCUUAGCUGUCUUUCACCGGAUCCCAAGAGUCCAGCUGCUCUGGAUGGAUAACACAGCUGUUCUUUCACCACAGCACCCUCUAGUGGAGCCUGUGUGUAAACUCUCUCUCACUCUACCCAAGCUGUGCGAGGAGGAGGCGGCGCUGCUGCUGCUGGCGCUGCGGGUGAAGCGGAGCGCGGUGCAGCUGGCGCGCCUCAGGGCGCCCGCCCACAGCCUGCCCCAGCAGGCCUUCCACGUGCUGGGCCUGUGGCGCAGGAGCCUCCCCUCCCACACACCCAAGGCGCCCCUGCUGGCCCGCUGCCUGGUGCGCGCCGGACGGCCCGACUUGGCCAAGGAGCUGCUGCUCAGGGAGGGGGCAGGAGGAGGAGGGGGAGGGGAAGGAGGGGCAGGAUAG